AUGGAAGAACUACAACAACAACAUCCAUCCAAAGCUUCCUCACCAAAGGAAGCAUCAUCAACAACCACAACCGCAACCACAACAACAACAACCACAACUGCUGUGAAUUCUUCAGACUCGAAUUCUUCUACCCUAACAACAGAAGAACCCAAUGCUCCUCCUCAACAGAAGAAGAUUGAGGAACAACAACAACAACAACAAGAGCCUGCUAAGGAUGUUGCUGAAACGGAGACAAAUCAAGCACAACCUCAACAGCAAAAACAAGGUGAAGAGAAGGUAAAUGCUGCAAAUUCUCCUUCAAAACAAGUGAAGGAACAACAGGAACCGCCAUUGCAGCUAAUUAUCAAGCUAAACACAAAGAAGAUAGUACUAACCGAAAAAAGUUGCGGUGGAGGAGGUAGGUCAGCGGUCUUCGUUUGCUAUCGAUGGGAAGAGGGGUUUUGUGCAGAGUCUUCGUUAGCUAUCGAUGGGAAGAGGGUCUUCGUUUGCAAUCGACGAAGAGAUGCUCGCUCUCGUCGUCCCUUGCUCGCCGCCUUCACUGUCGUCGUCGGAAUCUGGAAUCCGAAUCGCCGCCUUCACUGCCGCCUUCUACUCGUCGUCACCCACUGCUCGCCGUCUUCACUCGUCGUCACCCACUGCUCGCCGUCUUCACUCGUCGUCACCCACUGCUCGUCGUCUUCACUGCUCGCUAGCUGCGUGGAGAGGAUCGAAGGAAGGAAGAGGAUCGAAGGAAGAAGGGUUUCGGCGGUAGCUAGGCUAGAGGAGAUGCAUGAUCCGCGAUUUACUGCUGAACUGAAAGGGCUAGCCCGAGAUCAAGUUAGGCCUGUAUUUACAUUAAAGAUUCACAGGAACCUGAUUGAUAAUGUGUUGGUCUUGAUUUCUAGUCCACCUGGUUAUGGAAUUGGGCUAUUGGACACAAGGAGAUUUAUGGAGUUACCACGAUUCACAUGA